UCUGGCAGGUGUGGGAAUUCUGGGAUUAGAUUUGUUGUCUUGGGGAAGAAUGUUUGUCUAAUGCCAGAGUAUCUGUCACGGUGCAGUAGUCCAAUGUUAACUCAGUCCCUGUCAACAGCGUUUGGAUGCACGGUGAAGUGUAUUUCUCCCUUUUUUUCUUUUUGUUUUCCAAGAGCUCUAAACGGGGGUGGUUCAGUUGGUUCAAGUCCAAACCCGCCUCGCGUGUGGAGCCAGCCGCCCAGGUGGAGGGAGAUCGAGGCACCGACGGGGCUGGAGAGGACGCCUCAGCCCCUCCUCUGACGGCGCCCCCCCCAGGAGGAUCCGGAGCAGCGUUCCCCCCCCCGGCCUCCACAGGAGUCAACCCCUUCUCAAGACGGGCGGGGAGACGGGACACGGUGCAGGAGGGGAGGCCUCAGCCUACAGAGGGAGGGCUCACGGCUCUGUCUCAGGGACCUUGAGCUUAAAAUUUGGUCACCCAGUUCAGCGGGACUGGAUUACUUGGGUCCAACACAACUACAGGUCUCAGGAAUUAUUUUAAUAGCCACAGCUGGAAUCCGAUUUUACCACGGAACAGAAGAACUCAUUUGAAACCCCGUCUGUGCCUCAACUCUGGAACUCGGACAACCCUUCAGUUCUCGUGUCGAUCUGGAAGCCUCGUUGAGCACAUCGGAGAGUCCUGGACCUGUUUUUUUUAGCCUUUAUGCUACCAAGGCAGUAAGAGGGGGCUCAGGUUAAAUCUGCAGCCUCGCACGCUGGUGGCCGUGCUCUUGUGUGAUCGUGAGGCUCCUCUCCUGGCUUGUUCCCCGCUCUGUUCAGCAGACGCAGGGGAUGAACUGCAGCCUGGCGGGGUUUCGCUUGCUCAGUGCAAAUGGGCACAGCAGCCACGGCACCUCCUUCAGCUAAUGUUACCAGUUUAUUCAGAUACUUGCUGAUGAACAUCAUUCCCUAGGCAGAGUCGUCUCAGCAAUUCCUUGAGCUCCUCUGUCUAUGCUAAGUGAAAUGUAAGAGGUGGAGGAAAAUACUUUUAUGCCACUAUUACACACCUACGGUAUAUGACAAGUUAUUUUUUAUUUAUCCUUUUGGUCAAGAAGCACAAAUCUGGAAAACAGGCAUGUUUCCCUAGUGUCUGUUUAUAGUUCUGUUCUGAGUGAACCUUGAAUAUUAACUUAUGCCUGAUGUGUCUGAGCCACAGUGGUAUAGGCUGGGGGCUUCAGGAGUAAUGCAGUUGAAAUGCUUAAUAAAAAAAAAACAAAACUUCUAACAAAGUAUCAAGGGUGUAGGGUAAAAAAAAAAAAAUCACUUUCCCAGUUUUAGCUUGAACUUAUUCUCUUUUGUAGAUAUUUUUACAGAUGAAUAAAAUGCAGUUUUGAGUUUUAGUUAUUGCUAUCUAAUUUGAUAGCAAAAAAAUCUGGUCACCUUACAUAAACACACUGGCCUCAACUGAAGAUAGACGAAAAGCAGUUGUCAUUUCUUUCUAGAAAAUUGGCCCCACUACAGCAGCAGCUUUUAAUUACUCCAGAAUUGUUACUCAUUAGCAAAUCUCCUUUUACCAUUACUCUGCAGAUGCCUGUCCUGCACAAGCCAAGUGUUUUUUCUGGGCUGGCGGAGCCGGCGAUGUGGGCUCUGCUCCAGCUCGGUGCAGAUGUGUCCCCGUUAGCAGGAGUCAGCUCCUCCUCCACAGACAGCUCCUCCGCCAGCCCCAGGGUCACAGUGGCAAACACGACCACAAGCCACGCCCUGGCAUAAAACGCCCCCCAGUUCAUCCUUUUGUCAGUUGCAAGACUUUGGCCAACCAAUAUAUUUUAGAAUUUAAGAUGCCCAAAAAAUUAUAUCCUUUGAUUUUUUUUUUAAAUGUAUUCUCUAAUGAGUUUUUGCUAGAAUUAUCCUACUCACUUCCUACUUUAACAUAUGGGGAUCUUUAAUCAGUGACAGAAAUCUACUAUCUUCGUAAACAUACAUUAAACAAAGGUCUGUUUCAUUUUAAAGAGACCAGGGCACUGUAAGAGAGGGGGCGUUAAUGCUGGUGUCCUGGUUAAGUUCCACUCUGUGCUAAUACAAUAUGCCCCCCUCCACGUUCCACCUUCAUUCAGUUGCUGAAAAUUUCCUACCUGCUGGUGCAGAAUGGCUGCCACAUGAAAGCCAGGUGGGGCUGUACCGAAUUGGGCUGUGAAAACCACUCUGGAAUUCUUCAGGAUGAAAAGCACGAAUAUAGAUGCAAUACAUUAUUAUUAUUGUAACAAGGCAGGAACAACAACAACAACUACUGAGUUUGUGCAGUGCAAUGGGAGAGGAUCACAAGAGUUUUGCGUGUUUGACAAAAAAGGGUAAUGUUCCCUUUUAACAGCUAUACUAUGCCAGUUGCCAUAAUCUGAAUAUUACAAGACUGUUUGGCAGGUGAGAUGCUAUUUCACACCCAUUGUGCCAAACACCGCCAACUAUUCAGCAGGGACAGCUUCUGGCAGAACAUCUAACAUCUGUAGGCUGAGACUAAUUGAGUCUAACUACUGUUGACGCGGGCAGGACAGUGAGGACCUGUUGUGAAGACUAAAUGCAGCAGCUUGAUUUUAGUGUGAUCUCUGCUGGAUUCCACUCUACAAACUUACUGUAUUAACGCUCCACCAGCUACUUGAAUUGUGGCUUCUCAUAGCCUCUGUUCCAAGAUUCAGUUCUGACUGCCUGGCAGUGCAGGGGAAAACACAGUUCUUGUCCUGUACUCCUAUCUGAACACACUGAGCUUUCAGACAACUUUAGUUUCAGGCAAAUUUAGCUUAAAACUUACAAAUGUUUGUUUUUUUGUAAUUUCUCCAAACUGUUUCUUAAUGAAAUGUUGGAUUCAAUGGCUUUUCUAACUGUUGUUCUUUUGAUUAAAUUAUUCAACCAA